GGGGCGGGGCCGGGGGCGCCGGGGCCACACAGGGGGAAGGCGCCGCAGGGAGGGGGUCGGGAGCGACAGGUCGCCGCAGAGUGGGGAAGGCCAGCCGGCGGCCGUCGCCGCACAGCCCUCGGGCCCAACCCCUCGAGGUGCACCCCAAGUCCCCCGGGCCUCGCCAGGUCCCCUCAGCUCUGUUCCACCUUCCUUCAGAGCUACUCCACACCGCGCGCCAGAAGCCCUCCCCACAGGUUCCCAAUCCCCGUGGACCCCUUCCCGGUUUCCUCCUGCGCCUGGCCUGGUCCUUCCCGUUUAGGGUGGAGUGGGCUGCCAGGAGGGGAGGGGAGGCCAGAGGUCCCGCAUGGCAGGAGCAGGCCCAGCCUCCGAGCCAGACUGGGGUGGAAGCACUGGACACAUUCCCCUGUCAGGCUCUCUUAUCCUGACCCAGAUGGGCUGACAUCUCUGUGCUUUCAUGGCCCCCAAAAGCCCCCUUCCUGCCCUGGAUCACACACAGGGACACGUACCCCAACAGACCAGACCCACUUUCCAAGGCUCAGACACUCUUGCCGCCCUGGAGCCACACACUCAACCAGGGGAGGAAACAGGCACCAGACAGAGAUGGCAGCAGCUGUGUCAUGGCUCCCUCGCCCACCGCACAAAGAGCCCUGCACUCCUGUCCAGUCACACUUCUGCACACCAGCCCCUCACCCCAGCUACUCUGUUAGUGACACUUCACAUUCCUCCCACAAUCCCACCUGCCUGUUCACACCCUGGCUCCUGCAGGCACCUUUCUUGCUCCUCCCAUACCUUCUGGGUAACAACACCCUUUCAAACUCUCCCACACACUUGUCCUGACUCCUUCCCUACAGCCCCCUGCCUGGCUCUCAGCAGGCUGCCCAGCCCCCUGGCUUCACAGUCCAGAACCCUCUCACUCCAGCAAAAGCCAGACACCUGUGAUUCUACUGACUUCCAAAGGCAGGGCAGCUCGCCCACCUGUCUGUUUCUUUCCCUGGGCCUUGGUUUCUUCUGGAAGAGAAGGGCAGGGAGGGGGCUGCAAAAGAGACCCAGAUGGGCUGGAGUGGAGAUGGAGCCCCACAUGGUUGUGCAGAGGGACAUUAGUGGGGAUAGUGCAACCCCUCACGUGAGCCCAGGCACCUGGUUGUUGGCAAAGCUAGGUCUCCUGACUUCUGGGUCUGCCUGUACCCACUCAGUAAUCACUUCUUAGCAGCCUGGGGAAGAGGGAACUAAAGAGAGGAUGGAAGGGAGAGAGGAAGAGGGGGGAGGGCAGCCAGCCCAGAGGACAAGGAAAAGGGGCUGUUUCUUGUGGACCUUUCCCUGGGAAGGCAGGUCCCUGAGAGCUGUUUCCUACAGUCUAAAUACCAGGAUCUCUCACCACAGUGGAGGCAGCACCCCCAAAAUUGCUUCCCUCCCCUAGUUCCCCUCAACAGACCCUACAGCAGUCACCAGGAUGCUGGUCCUGGUCUAGCCUGAGGGCCGGGCCUUUGCUUCUGGCGCCUGAUUAGCUCAACACCUGCGGAGCUCUGUGAUGCCCCCUGAUGGCCCUGACAACCACAUCUUCCGCUGAUCAUCUCUUGGCCACCAAGCCCCUGUGCAGUCUCCUGGCUGACUCAUCCUGACCACCCUGACCACCCUGACACUUAUGCACCUCUGAGCCCCCCACUCACUGAGUGAGGUCGGCCUGGGGAUACAGGCCAGGACUGAGGGGCAGCUGGUGGAAGACACGUGAAUGUGGCGACACAAGCCAGCCGCAAGCUGCGCUGGGUUCCAGUGCUUACACCUGAACCACAGGUGUCUCUGCCCGAGGUGCUGUCAGUUUUGCUGCCUGAGAUAUGGGGACAUCUUGCCCAGAGUGGAAGCUCUCCUAAUAGAGGGGGACUCGUGGGGGAUGCUAGCGUGCCUGUGCACCGUGCUCUGGCACCUCCCUGCAGUGCCAGCCCUCAACCGCACAGGGGACCCGGGGCCUGGCCCCUCCAUCCAGAAAACCUAUGACCUCACCCGCUACCUGGAACACCAACUCCGCAGCUUGGCUGGGACCUACCUGAACUACCUGGGCCCCCCUUUCAAUGAGCCUGACUUCAAUCCACCUCGGCUGGGGGCAGAGACUCUGCCCAGGGCCACUGUCAACUUGGAUGUGUGGCGAAGCCUCAAUGACAAACUGCGGCUGACCCAGAACUACGAGGCUUAUAGCCACCUUCUAUGCUAUUUGCGUGGCCUCAACCGCCAGGCCGCCACAGCCGAGCUGCGCCGCAGCCUGGCCCACUUCUGCACCAGCCUUCAGGGCCUGCUGGGCAGCAUUGCGGGUGUCAUGGCAGCUCUGGGCUACCCGCUGCCCCAGCCUCUGCCUGGGACUGAGCCCACCUGGGCCCCUGGCCCUGCCCACAGCGACUUCCUCCAGAAGAUGGACGACUUCUGGCUACUGAAGGAGCUGCAGACCUGGCUGUGGCGCUCAGCCAAAGACUUCAACCGGCUCAAGAAGAAGAUGCAGCCUCGGGCAGCUGCAGUCACCCUGCACCUGAAGGCCCAUGGCUUCUGAUCUCUAACCCUUACCACCUCUUUUCUCUUCUCCCUCUUUAAACUCUGUUCUGGAUCUGGGAAGGAGAAACCUAUAUGCCAACACUUGUUGAACCAGGAGACAGAAGCCAUGAGCCUCUGGCUCUUCCUGGACUUGGAGGAGGGUAAGAUGCAAUAAGGCCCAUCCCCUCCCAGCUUCCCAAAGUCCUGCAGGUCUGAGAAAGAGGUGCAAUAGGCCCCAUCCCAUUUCCAUGGGAAGUAAUGCUCAAGGGAGCCUGAAGUGGUUCAAGUUGGUGCAGAGGCUUUCACAUCUUCCUGCCUCCUGCCCACCACUUGCCAGUGCCCACCCAGCCCCUCAAGGGACACUUACAGGAAGCAUGCCUAUAGGGUAGGGAGGGAGCCCCCACAGCCUGUGCCUUUCUGGGGUGAAGCCCUUUGGCUGUCCUACUCUCCUUAGGUAGGUAUUGCUCCCCUACCCCCAAAUAACACAAUACAUCCAAUUCAGCAAACAAACAUGGUGGCAAGUCCAAACAGGAAGAAAUGGGGUUAAAAAUGCAAGAGGUAGGGUCUGCCUUGGAGGUUCUACAGAAAGCAGAGGGACAGGGAGAGACCGGACCCAGGGGUCAUCAAGACAGUCAGUGGCACAGGGUGCUAACCAAAAGGACCUUGCUUCAUAUUUUCUUGCUAACAUCACAGUGCCUCCUCUCUGCCCUCUUUCCCAGGGUAUCUGUGGGUUGCCCAGGCUGGGGAGGGCAACCAUAGCCACAGCCACAGGAGUUCCUGAAAGUUUACAUUGCAGUAGCAUUUCAGGGUGUAGGGGGCAGCUCCCCCAGGCCCUGCCCCCCAGCACCACCCACUCAUGACUCUUAAGUUUGUUGUAUUAAUAUUUAUUUAUUUGGAGAUAUUAUUUAUUAGAUGAUAUUUAUUGCAGAAUUUCUAUUCUUAUAUUAACAAAUAAAAUGCUUGCCCCAAAACUUUAUCUCCUUGCCUGGC